AUGUCGUUCAGUACUGGAAUGCCGGCACCUAUGGUACAGGAUCUGUUGGAGAAAGUUGAUGUUGACGACGAAGUUGCCGCUUUUUUCCCCGCAGGAUAUCGCUUGGUGUCUGCAGCACCGCACGGCGCCAGCUUCUGGACGCGAACAGCAAGGAUCAACAUCAUGCUACCGAAUGGUCAUCCUCACAGUUAUUUCCUCAAAGUGGCUAGUGGUGAGGUUGGAAAGGGAAUGAUGCAGGGCGAAUAUGAGGGUGUCAAGGCGCUGUACAAAGUUGCAUCGGAUUUCGUCCCUCGGCCUGUGGGCUGGGGCGCCUACGCAGCUGACCAGGAUACCUUUUUCUACCUUUGCGAUUUCGUUGAUAUGAUUGAAGAGUUACCAGGCAUGUCCAAGUUCUGCAGCAGGCUUGCCAAAAUGCACACCGACAGCAUGAAGUGGUCGCAAGAUGGGAAGUUCGGGUUUCAUAUCGUCACGUACGAGGGCAGUAUGUACCAGGAUGUUACCUGGUCGGAAUCGUGGGAGGAGCUUUUCAUCCUGGCAAUGAAGGCAUUUGCGGAGCAGGAGCGGAGAGUCCAUGGCGAGUCCAAGGAGCUGCAAGAGCUCUUGCCGGCUCUGUACACCAAGGUAUGCCCCCGACUUCUACGCCCAUUGCAGACUGGAGGGCGAACGAUCCGGCCUGUAUUGGUACAUGGGGAUCUAUGGUACGGCAACAUGGCCACGAACGCUGCGACUGGCGAGCCCAUUGUCUUCGACCCUUCCGUCUUUUGGGCGCACAACGAAUACGAUCUAGACAACAUGAACGUACCACGCUAUCGCCUUGGGAAACAAUGGAUGAGGGAAUAUCAUCGUCAUCUCCCCAAAUCCCAGCCCGAAGAAGAUUAUGAUGACCGAAACUUAUUGUAUGGGAUACAUGGACACUUUUGUGCCUCAACAUUAUAUCCAAGCACGACUCGUUUUCGCCAAAUGGCCAUCGAUGAGCUGCGGUAUCUUGUGGACAAGUACCCUAGUGGCUAUGAAGGCUAUGAAGACCGGGAACAAAAUGAUGAUCACACACACAUGAGCAUGCACGGGAAUAUAGAUGACUUGGACGACUUUGAAACGGAAGAGCCGAUGCCAGGAAUGCCUCAGAUUGCCUCUUGA